AGCCGGAAGUCUGCUGUCAGUGUUGUCUUUAAGAGGAAGUUCGUCGCUCACACUCUCACUGUCUUUCUCAAUCUUUUCCUCUCUUUCCUCUGUUUACACUCUCCCCUGCAUCUCCUCUGGCUCUUGAAACACCUGGGAUUUCACCAUGCUAUCUUCAAGGUUUCUGUUGCUACGGUCAGCUGCUGCUUCAUCUUUGACCACCAGGUGUCUUUGCUCAGCAAAUCAGGGCAAAGCACCUGACAUGAAGGAAGGAAAUCCACUUUUACAUGUGUCAAAUGUGAGGAACAGGCUCAGAGAAAUCGUAGGAGCUUCCACGAACUGGAGCGACCACAAACACGCCAUGGCAGAUCGAGCGUCGCUGUCCUCCAUGUUGGUCACAUCUCAGCAGGAUCUUCCAGCCAGAUCUAUGAAGCACAGUUUCCUGGAGGUCCAUCUGCCUCUGGGCUCUGAGCCUGAGCUGCGAGAGAAGUACCUGACCUUCCACAACUCUGUCAGGUUUGGCAGAAUCCUGGAGGACUUGGACAGUUUAGCAGUCCUCAUCUCUUACUCCCACACCUACAACCCAGAACUAAAGAGGUCUCCCCUGUCCAUUGUCACAGCCCUGGUGGACAAAAUUGACAUGAGGCAGCAUGCCAUCUAUCCUGACUGUGACAUCAAGUUCACUGGUCAUGUGACCUGGGUAGGAAAAACCUCUAUAGAGGCCAAGAUGCACAUGUCACAGUACCAUGAUGGAGCUUAUGCCCCGAUUCUGGAUGCUACAUUUGUCAUGGUGGCUCGAGACCCAGAGAACAAGAGAGCGGCUUUUGUAAACCCACUAAAGCCUGAUGGACCAGAGGAGGAGGAAAUAUUCAAGGAAGGGGAAGCAAAUAAAUCCCGUCGUGUUGAGUUGAGCACUGCAUCCCUGCUGAAAGUUGCUCCUACAGAUGACGAGAGGAAGAUCGUCCAUGGUCUGUUUCUCAACACCCUGGACACAAAAACUGUCAGUUUCCGGAGCAGAAUUCUGCCUCCAAACUCAAUCUGGAUGGAGGAUGCCAAACUUAAAGGACUGGAGAUCUGCCACCCUCAGCAGAGGAACAUCUUCAACAGGAUAUUUGGAGGUUUUCUCAUGAGAAAAGCCUACGAGCUUGGCUGGGCCAACGCCUGCUCAUUUGGGGGAUGUCGACCAAAUCUGGUUGCUGUUGAUGAUAUCUUGUUCCAGAAACCCGUGGAAAUUGGCUCCCUGUUGCUGCUGUCGUCACAGGUGUGUUACACACAGGAGAACUACAUCCAGGUGAGAGUUCACAGCGAGGUCUUUGACCCCCUGACCCGCCAACACAACACCACCAACGUAUUCCACUUCACCUUCAUCUCGGAUCGUGACGUCCCAAACAUUGUGCCACAGACAUAUGGAGAGUCCAUGUUGUUCCUGGAUGGAAAAAGACACUUCAACCAAACCGUGGGUCUCUGAGUUCCCUGAUGAAAGACAUCUUACUGAAAAUGACCCUCUGCCCAUUCAGUUUUCAAAAGUGACAUCCACACAUUUUUAUCCAGUUAGUUACAAUGCUCACUUACAUUGUACCAACACUACAGCUGUAGUUUUGUUGUUUUCUUUUCAAACAUGUUUUUUUUUUUUUACAGUUUUUAGCUGUUACAAUUACAAUAUUACUGAUGUUUUUCACACCAGCACCACUGUUUACUGAAAAGAAAGCUGAAGUUAAACCUUCUGUAUCAUGUCACAUUUCUUUAUGAAUUAUUUUACCUUUUUUACCCUAUAUAUACAGGUUGUAUUGUUGCUUAGUGAAUGAAAUAUGCAUUUUGCUCACUUUUAUAUAUUAAAUAUGGAGCUUUAUCUUUUAAUGUUUCAGACUGCUGAUGAAAGGAAAGGUGCCAUCAUGCUUUUUUGCCUCAUGUUACUCAUGAAUUGCACUUAAUAAAGGUUUAUUUAUCUUGAUUCCACAAA